AUGAAAACGCGAUCUUAUCAACAUCUGAAAUCUCCAAAGUUUCACAUAAAUCUCCUGUUUAUAACAUUAACCUUUGCCAAUUUACAAAAAUCGAAGAAGUCGACUACUGUAUCCUGUGAAUUUAUUUCAAAGAGCCGUAUGAAGAAGCGAGAAACUCAGCGACAGAGAAAAGAUGGGAAGUUUUCAAUUGAAACAAGUUCAUUUCAGAGAAUUGGGAUGAAAUGCUCAAUAAAUAAUAUUCUUUUGCAAGUUUUUGUUACAUGUUUAAAUUUUCGGUUUUCUGUCAUUUGUUAUCAAAGAUAUCACAAACUGUCAGAAUACGUUUCCCAAACUACUUCGAAUUGUCAAGCAACGAAGGACACAACCGGAAGGACCGACACGAAAACUAGAACAACGAAGACAACCGAGAAAACGAGGAACGACGAAUAUUACGAAAGGAAUAACGGAAAUCGAAUGGCGAAGAAGAAUAGCGCGCAAAGAAAGCAAAGUAAUCAUCAGAAAGAGAGUUCUCCAAGUUCUGACAUCAUGACCCCAACUCAGUCUUCCCACGUCGAAAUCUGA